CCAGCCUUGUAAUAUGGCCGCUACAGGCAAGAAAUCAAAGAAGGCAAAAUGGAUCAAAGCCAACAUGGGUGUCAUCAUUGCGGAGCCGACGACGAUAGCCACGACAAACAAUUGGGCUGACUCUGUAGAUGAAGAGACUGAAAGCUAUGGCUAUGCAGCUCGGCGUCCCCCGGUGGUGCUACCAUCGGCUUCACGGGCUGCACGAGGUGGUAUGGCUGUUGAUGAAGAAAGCAUACCACGCCACCCACCAUACAUCGCUCACAUCUCAAACUUGCCCUAUGAUGUGGAGGAGAGUGCCAUUGCUGACUUGUUUGCUGGUCUCAAGAUUACCAACUUGAGACUUCCCCGUGAAGGUGGUCGCCUCAAAGGAUUUGGCUAUGUAGACUUUGAAGACAGAGAAAGUCUUGUUAAUGCAAUGAACAUUGAAGACCUGACAGUUGGUGGCAGGAGAAUAAGAAUAGAAGUCUCCAACAAUGAUAAUGACCGCCGUAUGGGCAGAAGUGGAAGGUCUGACCGUGACAGGGAGUACGAUCCAGAGCGCACAAUGGGCGACUGGCGGUCCGGACCGCGUGCUGCACCAGAACCUCAGGCGCGUGCUCGGACCAUGGAUAGAGACCGAGAACGGGACCGCGAGAGAGAAUCAAGCAUUGACAACAAGCCUGGUGGUUGGCGAGAUGGCGAACGACAAGCACCCGCUGAACCAGCUAGAACUCCAUAUGGUGGCAGGGACUCUUAUGGACGUGACCGUUAUGGUGAUGAUCGUGGAAGAGAGCGAGGAGGAUUUGGCCGCGAUGGUUUUCGAUCUGACCGAGAUGGGUUUGGAAGUCGCGACGGUCGAGGAUUUGGUGGAAGAGGAUUUGGUGACCGUGACCCACUACCUCGGGAAGAAAGCAAACCUCGUGAGCGUCCAAAACUAAAUCUACUUCCGCGCACUGUGCCACGUGAGCCAGAAGUGCCUGUCAAACCAGCAGAUGGAGCACUAGUUGAUGACAAGCCAGAAAAACCGAAACCUGUCCCAGCUGAAAAAGUGUUUGGUGCGGCAAAGCCGGUGGACACUGCUGCUAAGGAGCGUGAAAUAGAGGAGCGUCUUCGGAAACAAGAGGAGGAAGCUAGACGCGCUGCUGAAGAAAAAGAACGUUGGGGUCGUAAGAAUGAUCACUCCAGUGACCGUCGUGGUGGUGCCAGACGUGACGACCGAGGCAGAGACUCACGCAGCUACAACAGAGACCGGCGCGAUUAUUCUAAAGAUGACAGAGAUCGGCGUGAUUACUCCAAGGAUAACAGAGAGCGCCGCGACCAUUCAAGAGACAGACGCGAUUACUCGAAAGAGGAUAGAGACCGCCGCGACAGAGACGAGAGAGAUCGCCGCGAUAGAGACGACAGAGAUCGUCGCGACAGAGACGACAGAGAUCGUCGCGGAAGAGACGAUAGAGACCACCGUGAUUACAAAGAUGAUCGCGACGGGCGAGACUCCCGCGAUCACAGAGAUGAAAAGGAUUCACGCGAUUACAGGGAUGACCGAGACAGACGCGAUUAUAGUCGAGAAAGAGACAGGCGAGACUAUUCCGGCGAUAGGGAUGAUCGAUCCCGCAACGAUAAGGCUAGGGAGUCGUCCCCAGAGGUAAGGAAGGCAGCGCGCAGUGAUGAGGACCGCGAACAAAAUGGUCGCGAAAGGCCGAGUCGCUCACGUGAGAGGCACGACGAUCGCGAAGAUAAACCCUUGCCGAAGUUAAAAGAACAAGAGAAACCAAUUUUUGUUGCGUCAAAUAAAUUCAGCUUCUUGGAGGACGCCGACGACGGUGGAUCCGACUAACAUUCGACAGAAGCUCAUUGUACUCUUUAUAACAGUGUCCAUUUCACUGUGACUCAGUGUAAAGUGUAAAUUUACGAGUAUCGGGGUUAUAUAGUGUGACUGGACUUGAUAAAGCACAAAGACGAUCUGUUGAAUGUGCUAUGUAAUAAGGACGCAAUCAAUCAUUAGUGCGGUGUGAUAAAAAGUGUAAUUAGUGUUGCUAUAUAUGCUCACACUGCUUCGAGGCCUGCCCCAGCCUUUAUAGCUAUUUCCAUGAAAAUAUAUCUAAUAUAUAAUAUAAACAUGACUGAAUGUAACAACUGCUAGCAUUCCUGUUCAUUAUACAUAAAUAUUGUUCAAGUACUGUUUUGGAAAUCGCCAUGAAGGCUGGGGCUCGGAAUUUGUGACCUGAUUGUAUGAUGUAAAUUUUUAUAUGGGCUUAAUAAAUGAUAGUGAUGUGAGAAUGGUUGCAAAACAAAAUGGCCGAGAGCAAUAACUGCUGAAUAAUUUCCACAAAUUUUUCUAAACAGGUUUUUUUUGGUAUAGGUGCUGCUGUUCAAUAUAUUUUUGUGAAUAGUGAUCAUUCAUUAUCAUUUGAUCUAAAUGUAGUUAGUAUUAUUGGACUUUGUUUUACAGCAAAAUAUGCCACAAUAAGAAAUCCAAUUUCUUUAUAUUAGAAUAUGUCUAUAUUAAAUAUUUAGUCGACUUAGAUUAUUUUUAGAAUAAAAAUUGUAUUAUUUAUCUUAACAUUCGAAAAUUGUUAAAUAAACAUCUGUUUCUACUAUACAUCCUACACACGUAUUGUUGUUAUGGUGUGCCUAUCUGGGGCAUUAAAUACAUAUUAAUGAUGGAAAUUAAUGUAUCUACCUAAUUAUUGAGGGUGAAGUUACAACAUAAAUUGUUCUAAUUGAUUUAAUAACGACGUAAUAACGUCAAAUUUAUUUCGUAUUAUCAAGAUUUUUGUUUGGUACAUUUGUCUCGUUGUGAAUUAUAAAUAAAUUACUUCUUUUACAGCCACAUUGAAUUGUUUCUUUUACGCUUUCAACAUCAUGUAGAAUACUAAUGUGAAUGUGCUAAAAAGCUAUUUCUUUUGUCUUCUGAUGCUAGUGAGUAGGUACCUGUUUAUACAUGUCGAGUAUUGUACAGAUUUGAAUAAAUUUUGUGAUCAACUUAUAGGAUGUAAAUAGUCAUCUGUGAUGGAUUCAAAGUUCUUUUGGCAUAGAGCAAAAAAAUUAGAAAAAGCGUCUGUAUUCCAAAAUCAAUUUGUUCCUGAUUAAUAAAAGAACACAUUUU